AUGAAGUUCGUGGUGGUGCUGGUGGGAGCGGGCAGCCUGGCCUUCCUCGGCGCCGUCAUCUGCAUCGUCGCCAGUGUUUAUCCCCGGAAACAGUCCGCGCCUCUCGGUGACAACAGCACGCUGACGUCGGAGUCGCUGCUCCUGGAGCCCGGCUCGGUGGCUCACGCCGGGCCGCUGGGCGCGCUGCACGGAGCCGAGUCCUACGGAGGAGGCAACGGGCUCGGCGGGCUCGGACUGGAGGGUCCCACUCUGAACGAGCUCCACCUCGGCGAGGAGACGGGAGGAGGCUCCGCGAAGCAGUUCAGCUUCAGCCGCCUGAUCUGCACCCCGGUGCCGGCGGGUGAGUGCAACACGAAGGACCUGAGGCGGGAGCAGCCGCAGGCGGACGAGCCGCUGUACGGAGCCGGGGACGAGGACUGGACCUACCUCCGCACCACCGCGGAGGAGCUCCGGCAGAUGGUCCUGCAGCAGAACGACCAGAUCCUCAUGGACCAGAGGACCAUCCGCGAGCUGACGGGCAAGCUGAGCGAGUGCGAGAGCGGCCUGGAGGACGACCGGACCGUCCCGGAGCGGAGCCUCGGGGUGUGGAGCGGGAACCGGCGCGUCAUGGCCGGGGACGAGGUGAGCUCCUCCACCGCGGCGCAGCUGCAGACGGCGCGGGCCGUGGAGGAGCUGGCCCGGGCCAUCAUGGACCUGAAGGACCGCAUAGAGAAGCUGGAGGCGGAGAUAGGCCCGGCUGCCCUGAACCUCACCGACUCGUCCCUGGGGACAAGCGGCAGCAGUAACACUGGCAGCAGCAGCAGCAGCAGCAGCGGCGGGGGCAGCCCGGGUGGUAACACCGUCAAGGCCCCUGCUCCACCCGCCGGCAGCGCCUCCUCCCCACCUGCAGCCGCCGCCCCAGCCAGCCGCCGUCCCGCGUCCCCCGCGUCCCCUGCCCUCAAACCCCCCUCUCCCAAGGUGUCCCCCGGGCGCGGAAAGGGCACCUGGAGGGUGGAGGACCUGGAGGGGGAGCUGGAGCGGAAGAUAAAGAUGUUGGAGAAGGAGCGUCAGGCCAUGAGGAAGGAGACUCAUGGGCAGCACGAGAAGAUCAACCAGGGGCUGGACACGGUCAACCACCGCGUCACCGAGCUGGAACACACGCUGACAGAGCCGUCGUUCCCCGAUGGCUUCGUCCUCUCCUUCCCCAUGCGCACCAACUACAUGUACGGCCUGGUGAGGAAGGAGAUCAGUGAGAUGUACGCCUUCACGGCCUGCGUGUGGUUGAAGGCCAAAGAAGGAGGCAUCGGGACGCCCUUCUCCUACUCGGUGCCGGGGCAGCCCAACGAGCUGGUGCUGCUGCAGGGCGUCCACAACCCGGUGGAGCUGCUCAUCAACGACAAGGUGGCGCAGCUGCCCCUGUCCCUACCGCAGGACGAGUGGCAGCACAUCUGUGUCAGCUGGACCCUGAGGGACGGAGUGUGGAAGGCCUAUCAGGGCGGCAAGAUGAAGGGCAGGGGGGAGGGGCUGGCUGCCUGGCACCCCAUCAAACCAGGAGGGGUCCUCAUACUGGGACAGGAGCAGGACACGCUGGGCGGGCGAUUCGACGCCUCGCAGGCCCUGGUCGGGGAGCUUUCCCAGUUCAACCUGUGGGAUCGAGUGCUGAAGCCCAUAGAGGUGGCUGCCCUGGCCGAGUGCAGCUCCCCCGCGCUCGGCAACAUCGCCCCCUGGACCGACCUGGACGUGGAUGUGUACGGCGGGGCGACCAAGGAGUCCCUGGACCCCUGCCACGCCGCCCAGAGGUCCAACCCCUCCAGCCCCAAACAGUGA